AUGCAUACGUCCAUGGACCAAGAAUUUUCACUGUUGAAGGAAGAGGAAAUUCACCAGGAUAGAUGGCGGCGCUCCUCCCGUGAACCACACUUGCCCAGAACAUCAAGGAGGAACCGCAAGAAGACCAAAAGCAGCCGUGACUGCCAUUUGGAGAGGAAGGAGAUGCGGGUGCGAGAUCUUGGCCUCGGCUAUGACUCAGAUGAGAUAAUCCUCUUUAAAUACUGUGUUGGCACAUGCCACAGCUCCCGCAGGAACUAUGACCUGGCCCUCAAAACUCUGAUGGACAAUGGGAGCAUCUCCGGAAAAAAGGUCAGCGGUCACCCCUGCUGUCGGCCUACCCGCUAUGAGACUGUGUCCUUUAUGGACACCCAGACUACAUGGCAGACAAUUAAGUGGCUCUCUGCAGCCAACUGCAGCUGUGUGGGCUGA